AUGGCCCUUUACAUGUGCCCAGUAUGGGCGGGGGCCCUGAAGGCCAGCAACGUCGCGAUACUGCGAAGACCGCAGCGAAUGCUGGCCAUCAGGAUCAUUAGGGGGUACCGCACGAUCUCCUUUGGCACGAUUCUCCUGGCCGGAACUCCACCGUGGACCUGGAGGCGAGAGCCCUUGCGGCUCUGUAUAAGUGGCGCAAGGAGGCGCGGGAGUUGGGUUGGUGUCCCGAGACUCGAGAAAUCGAUGACCGGAAAUCCCAACUCCGCCAGGUCAUCAUCAUCAGGGGAGUGGAAGGAACGACUCGGGCAACCGAGCGCCGGGCACGCCGUCAUCGCGGCGGUAAGACCCGUUAUGGAGGAUUGGCUCGAGAGGCGUCACAGGACCCUCUCAUACCGACUGACGCAGGUGAUCACUGGGAAAGGAUGUUUCGGGGAUCACCUGUGUCUGAUCCGCAAGGAGCCAACGCCUGAGUGCCACCACUGCGAUGGCCAGACCGUGGACACGGCUCUCCACACGCUGGCAGAGUGCCCGGCGUGGGUUGAGCAGAGGCGAGACCUCGUGGCGGCCAUCGGAGUGGUAGUUCUCUCACUCGAUAGCCUGAUUGCGGCUAUCGUGCGGAGCGAGAGUGCGUGA